AUGAAAAAUAUAUCGAAUACCGAGGAACAUGACAACAAUAUUUAUGAGGUUGGAAACAAUGUCGUAUUGAAUGAAAAACACAAGCUAAGGAAUAAGAGAGAUAGAAAAAGCACAAAAGAUAUCAAUGAAGGAGAAAGUCAAAGCAAUGCUAUUAAUAAGGUUGUUAGGCAAAGGGAUCCAACUAAAUGGACCAAUGAUCUUCAUGCCAAAUUCAUGGAAGUUGUACAACAACUUGGAGAAGGAAGAUGUUAUCCCAAGAAGAUUUUUGAGCUAAUGCAAGUGCCUGGUCUUACAAAAAUUCAAAUUGGUAGCCAUCUACAGAAAUGUCGUCGCAAUAAUUGGAGAUCUCCAAAAGAGCAAAGAUAUGUUUGUCUCCCAUCAGGACAGGGAUCCUCGAAUGAUUCUCAUGAACCAAGAAGUAACUUUCCAAAAUAUGGGGCAAUGCCUCGACUUCAAACAAAUGUACUGAAUUUGCAAUGUAACCCAGACGAAAUCCAAAAAGGCCCAGAGUUUUCAUUUUCAACUCCCAAUAUCAACAAUAGCUUUGCUAGAAGAGAGAAUUCAAUUCAACAACAAUUCAAUCUCCCACAACUUCAGGUUCAACCCCACUCUUUCAAUAUUGAUAAUCCAUUCAAUGACUCAUUUUUGUUGGACCAAAAUAAUGUUGGUGGUGGGCUACAACAUGAAACAUUAUUUGGAAUUUCGGGUUCACAAGAAUUACAAGGCUCAAUUAAUAGGAACACUAAUUAUAGGCCUGGCCUGACGUUUAACAGUGGGGAUCAUGAUCAUGCUCAAUGUGCUUACAACUUGAAUCUCAAUGCGACCUAUGGGGCAACAUAUUCAAGUAGAAGAAUAGUGUCUGAUAUAGACAUUGAAAAUGUGUCAAUUAAUCAAUACAAUUUGAAUGUGAAUGCAGACAAUGUGACAAUAUGUUCAGAUAAAACAAUGAUGUCUACUACUUAUGUUGGAAAUGCGGCUAUUAAUGGAUUAGGAGCAACAAAUACAAAUGUUCAACAAUAUAUUGGUGAGCCAAAUAUAUCUGGAGGCAAUAUUAUUGCGACAUUAUAUGAGAGUGACAUUGAAGGGCGUGAUCCAAAUGAGAAGGAAGAUUGUGAGGCAUAUUACAAUAAUACGGAGUAUCUCCUAUAA